UACAACCAGCAACACAGCAGCAAUUUGAAAGGAGCGUUUCGUUUUGCGGUGUGAUUUGGAUUAGUUUGCACGGUGGUAAAUUAUUGCAAGUUUGGUCUACGCUGCGACGGGACAGAAUUAUCACGGUCAACGUUUCAGUUUUGAUCACCGAUUUCCGUUAAGUAAAAUGCUGAGAUUCGUAUUAGGAGGGUUGCUAUGCUGGAUGAUGAUGCCCCCACAAGGGGUUGUAUGCUUUGACGGUAUGCCAAUGCUGCAAAUGCCAUCCAUACAGUUCGUGCCAACUGUGGAAGAAGUCGAUUCACUUUCUGCCAUUUUGGAACGUCGUUCCGCCUUCCUGAGCAUCCCAUAUAAAAACUUCCAAGCCAGAAUUUACAGGGAAUCUAAUGGUUCGCCCAACGUGACCUACUAUUACGCCCCAGCCUGCACGUUUAUCCCCAACUCCACGUAUAUCGUGUACAAUAACCAUCAGAACUACCUGGUCUUCUCGUUGCAACUCUGGGAUGCUGAUUAUCAAGACUACAUUGAGACAGAAUUAUGGAAGCUAGGUCUGUUGUCCAGUUCUCUGAAUCCUCGCAUCAUUCCCUUCCACAGUAUGCGCUUGGAACUAAUCGACAGUACACUGCCGGUAAAGGUCAUGAACCAAUGGAUUCCCAUUUCGCACCAACCGUCGACUGUUCUUGGACGGAUUAUCUGCUCAACGGAAAAUGAGUGUAAUAUGAUUAAGAACGCAGUGGAAAAUCCCCGGGAUCAGCUGCUCUUUGGUCUGGAAGCGUCGUUUGCGUUAAAGAAGCCCAAUCGCACCAAACGCGAGAUCACUCUCACCGCGACAAUGUUCGAGGCCUCGGAGAUUUUCCGUUCCAUCGAGCACCGGUUUUCUGAGGCGCAAACCAUCUGUAUGCAGUUACCGGAUCUACGUCGGCUUCUGCGGGAAGCCCUGGAUCAUCUCCUGGAAAAAUCCGUUCCCGAUGAUGAAUUCGUCGGCGAAAGCCAGCUAUUCACAGCUGUCAAGAAUUUUCUACGAAUUAUCAAGCCUAAUGUGACGUUGACGACGGAUUUCACGGAGGAGCAGUGGAAGAAUGUGUACUGGCCUAUUGGCGCGAUCCGUCCGGACGAAAAGAUCAAGAGCCUGAACGAGCUGCUGGGCAACGGGAAUAAAUGGAUGAAAGCCUUUUUCCAGAUCGGUAGUAACUUCACCGCGUUAGAAGGCAUUAAGCCGCUCCAGGGCGAACAGCCUAUGAUGGACUGGAGUGCCGUGCGCAAUCAGCUGAAGGAAGCUGGCGGCAGCGUGCACUGGAACGGCGAUAAAUUCGUCAUUAAACCGAUGACGUUACAUUGUAUUAACAUAAGCGCCAUCCGCGGAAACAAGAACCUCGGCUCGAUCACGGUGUGGAGCAGUCAAAAACGUGCUGACCUUUCGUCGGCUAUUAACAAAGAUAGCGACAACCGCGAUCAGCUGAGUGUCGAGCUCCACCGGAUGAAGCGCAGCCUGAAUCAGACAUCUGAACAACUGCUUAACAUAUCUCAAACUUUAUCGUCGCUAGUGCCGGUUGGUACAGUUGUAGCGUAUCAUCGUGACACCAUCGUGCCGGAGUGUUGGCUGGAGUGUAACGGCGCGGAGUUCAGCAACGUAACGUACCCGCUUUUGGCGACAGUGCUAGGACGAACAACUACACCGAGUUUGCGGGGAAAAUUCCUAAUGGGCGUUAAUCAUUACAACGGUCCCGUUGAACGGGUAGUGGGAGUGGCCGGCGGCGAGAGAAGCCAUGUCUUGACGGUGGACGAAAUGCCGGUACACAAUCACACCAUCCCAGCGUGGUCCGUAUCCAGUUAUAAUAAUGUAAACGAGCUAAUAAAUAAAUUGACCCCAUCGUCCAUCGACAACGGCAAUCGCUACUAUGGCGAGAAAGAAGUGACCAGCCUUUCCUCGGGAAAAGGUCAAUCGCAUAACAACCUGCCGCCGUAUGUGACUGUUCGCUAUAUGAUUCGCGCAUGCUAAAGGAAGGAAGGAAGUGUUUAAUAUUAUGUUUAAUUGUACCUCUGUAUGGGAUCGGUUAUUAACCGAUAAUAUGAUAAUAAUCCAAACGUCUGCUAUCAGUUUCGGAUAAUGUGCUACGUUAUUACCAUUUCAUGGUAAUUUUAAUAUUAAUAAUGAAUUAAAUUAAUGACGUGCGUUUCUGUAAACCUAAUGCAAAAUACGUUUUUGAUUUGCGGUGUCUUUUGUACUUCGAGCGUGUCUUAUGAGCCUAAUGUUAAAAGUUAUAAUAAAUUAAUGGGCAAUCGUAA